UUAUUUUCUUUUCUAUGCUUCAAUUUUUAGAUACAAAGUUUUACGCCUCAUGUUUGUUUCUUAUGGUUUCUUUAUGCAGAGAAAUUUUUAUUUUCGAAAAUGGGAUGUGGGCUCUGAGCUGCUACAUUUUUAAGGGUUUCAACAGACUUCAGUUGGAUUCGUGUUGGGAUCUCUUUCUAGACACUUGAGCCGCCUUUGCUUGGUAUUGAGGAGAAUUGAGGUUAGCUUUGAUAUGAUUCCAUUAGUCCCCGUUUAUUUUUCAACAUUGGAUGUUAUCUUCUAAUAAGUGAAGGGGAGGUCUAAAUCAUAAUGGAGAAGAAGAAGUACCCAAUUGGGCCGGAGUAUUAUACAUUGCAUGAGGAGGUGGGACAGGGUGUUAGUGCUUCCGUGCACCGUGCUGUCUGUAUACCCUUCAAUGAGAUUGUUGCAAUCAAAAUUCUUGAUUUUGAACGUGAUAACUGUGAUCUGAAUAACAUCUCUCGUGAGGCACAAACAAUGAUAUUGGUUGACCAUCCAAAUGUUCUUAAAUCACAUUGCUCCUUUGUCAGUGAUCAUAAUCUAUGGGUUGUCAUGCCAUACAUGGCUGGGGGAUCUUGUCUUCAUAUACUGAAGGCUGCCUACCCGGAUGGUUUUGAGGAGGUAGUUAUAGCAACAGUACUCCGUGAAGUGUUGAAAGGUUUAGAGUAUCUUCAUCAUCAUGGGCACAUACAUCGGGAUGUUAAAGCUGGGAAUAUUCUCAUUGAUUCACGUGGUGCAAUCAAGCUGGGAGACUUUGGUGUUUCGGCUUGCAUUUUUGAUUCAGGUGAUAGGCAACGCAUGAGGAAUACAUUUGUGGGGACACCUUGCUGGAUGGCACCUGAGGUUAUGGAGCAGCUGCAUGGUUAUGACUUCAAGGCUGAUAUCUGGUCUUUUGGUAUAACUGCACUGGAGCUUGCUCAUGGGCAUGCUCCAUUUUCGAAAUAUCCUCCAAUGAAGGUAUUGCUUAUGACCUUGCAAAAUGCACCUCCAGGCCUAGAUUAUGAAAGAGAUAGGAAGUUUUCUAAGUCUUUCAAGCAAAUGAUUGCUAGCUGCUUGGUGAAAGAUCCUUUAAAAAGACCUUCAGCAAAGAAGUUACUUAAACAUUCUUUUUUUAAGCAAGCAAGGUCAAAUGAUUAUAUAGCACGGACACUUCUAGAUGGAUUGCCGGCUCUUGGUGACCGAAUCCAGGCAUUGAAGAGAAAGGAAGAAGAUAUGCUUGCACAAAAGAAAAUGCCAGAUGGUGAAAAGGAAGAACUAUCACAGAAUGAAUAUAAACGUGGGAUCAGUGGAUGGAAUUUCAAUCUUGAAGAUAUGAAAGCUCAGGCUUCCCUGAUUCAGGAUGAGGAUCUCGUAUCUGACACUAACCAAGGAGGGAGCUCAAGUUCUUUGUCUACCCUCGAUGGACAAGAUAAGCAAUCAGAAUGUCAAACCUCUUCCCAACCUUUAGACAAGGAAGAUAAUGAUCCGGUCCAGAAUCAACCAACUCCUGUUGCUGCUGUUGAACCAACAAUAAAUAUUGCCAAGGUUAGAUUUGAAAGAUCUGAUGAUGACUCAAGUGUUGCUAGUCCCUCUCAUGAACAUCAUGCGAUUUCACCUCAUCAUGAAGAUCAUGUAGAAAGUAAUCUGGGUGAAAAGUCUGUUUUGGAGAUCAAUGGAAAAUCUUCUGAUAAUAUGAGCAAGCCUUUUUAUCAAAGGACAACAUCAUUUUCAGGAAGCACCAGUAUUCCAGAAACUAUUGUUCCUCCAAUUAAAGGAGAAAGUGAUAAGCAAAACCAGCCCCAGAACAUUUUUGUUGGCAAUGGAGCAGCAGUGCCUGCAGGAGGGGAGGAUAGUAUUUCAGACCUUCAUUCUAAAGCAUCUAAAUCAUCAGCGGUGAAUAGUGAUGAUCUUGAUGAGAAAGCAAAGCCUCCUGUUGUUCAGCAAAGGGGACGUUUCAAAGUUACAUCUGAGAAUGUUGAUUUGGAAAAGGUUGCGCCAGCUCCUAUACUACAAAAGAGUCACAGCAUGCAGGUUGGUACUUUGGAGGUGCUCACCCCACAUCCUGUAGUUUCACUAGCACCACCACCAUCUGAUGCUGCAUCCUCAACUCUUGCUGCCCAUCAUCUUUUCCCGCUGUUGCAGUCCGUUUUGCAGACAAAUAUUCUCCAAAGGGAGAAUAUUCUCAAUCUGAUUAAGCACAUCUCUGCCGUUGACUCUACAGUUAACCGUGCAUUUGAGGGAGUAUGCACACCUGCUAAUGUGGCUGUCACAGAGAAAUCUUUGUUGGAAGCAGCUCAUGAUAGGGAGAGGGAGUUACUUCAUGAAAUUACUGAGUUACAGUGGAGGCUCAUUUGUGCCCAAGAAGAACUGCAAAAGUAUAAAACAGAGAAUGCUCAGGUGUAAAUUUAUUUCCAGCUGGAGCUGUGAUGGAAGAAAAGCCUAUUUCUUAAGUCAUAUGAUUGUAACAAAAGCUAAAAAGAGAAGAAAGAAACAAAAUGACCAAAGAGAUAACAUUAAACUAUUGGUAGCUCGAUAUUCUUUGCAUCAUAUAAAUAGGUCGUUUCACUUUGUAUUAGCCGAAAAGAAAUUUUACUACUAAGCCCCCAACUUUUUGUACAUGUACUCUUACACUUUCCUUUCUUGUUCUGCAUACAAGUAGUAAAUACUAAAUAUAGCUUUAUAACCUUAAUUUUAGAGAUA